AUGGCACCAACUAUUGACUUUGGCGCAGUUAAUUAUGGAUGUACAAAAUAUAAAAGAAGGAUGGUUUUGUAUGAGAGUGUUUUACAGCCAGGAAAGAGAUUUGAAUUUUGCUAUUCCUCUUCCUACCAGGAUAAACGUGGAAUAGAAACAGCUUAUUACAAAUGUGUUGGUUGUAUGCAUGCUAAACGUUAUAAUGAUGGAAGGAGAAUUCCAAAAAUUGCUGUAACUUUAUUUUGUAACCAAAUUAUAAUUAAAUUUCUUUGA